UUUCACUUGGAACUGAAGGAUCGCGGUUGCUUGUUUGUAACACGGGAUGUCUGCUAUUGUGACGCAUCCCGGAAGUAAUGUUUGGAGCCUAGUUGUAGUCGGAUUGGAAGUUGCCACGUCUGAGUGGGAUACAGACUUCGUACGGGAGUGAAAACAGACAAAAUUAACAAGAAAUAUAACAGAUUAUAUUUACCAUGGUAUCAGUUAUCAAUACUGUGGACACGUCCCACGAGGACAUGAUUCAUGAUGCGCAGAUGGAUUAUUAUGGCACACGGCUUGCCACCUGCUCCUCAGACAGAUCUGUUAAAAUAUUUGAUGUAAAAAACGGAGGACAGAUCCUUGUGGCUGACCUGAGAGGUCAUGAAGGCCCAGUUUGGCAGGUGGCCUGGGCUCAUCCAAUGUACGGGAACAUCUUGGCGUCCUGCUCCUAUGACAGAAAAGUUAUCAUUUGGAAAGAGGAGAAUGGGGCAUGGGACAAGAUGUAUGAAUACACAGGCCAUGAUUCUUCAGUAAACUCUGUAUGUUGGGGGCCAUAUGACUUUGGAUUGCUUCUGGCCUGCGGGAGCUCAGACGGUGCCAUCUCAUUGCUCACCUUAACAGGGGACGGACAGUGGGAUAUAAAGAAGAUUAGCAAUGCACACACGAUUGGUUGCAAUGCAGUGAGCUGGGCUCCUGCUGUUGUACCUGGCAGUCUCAUUGAUCAGCCCUCGGGACAGAAACCAAACUACAUCAAGAGAUUUGUAUCGGGAGGAUGCGACAACCUGGUCAAACUCUGGAAAGAAGAGGAUGGUCAGUGGAAAGAAGAUCAGAAACUUGAGGCACACAGUGACUGGGUGAGGGAUGUAGCCUGGGCUCCAUCAAUAGGGCUUCCUACCAGCUCAAUUGCCAGCUGUUCACAGGAUGGCAGAGUCUUCAUCUGGAUGUGCGAUGACCCUGCUGGAAACGCAUGGACAGCCAAACUUCUUCACAAAUUCAAUGAUGUAGUUUGGCAUGUCAGCUGGUCUAUCACAGGAAAUAUCCUUGCUGUGUCUGGGGGAGACAAUAAGGUGACUUUGUGGAAAGAAUCCGUGGAUGGCCAGUGGGCUUGCAUCAGUGACGUCAACAAAGGGCAGGGAGCAGUGUCAGCCAUAGCAGAAGGACAGCAGAGCGAACAGUGAAGGAGCAAUGGCACUGGAGGAGCAUUCUAAUUUAACAUCAUUCCACAGGAAAGGGGAGGCUCGAAAUGCCCUGAUGUGCCAGCUGAAUAUGAUAUUCAUAGCAGAAUCUGAAUUGAUUUCCCUGCCAUUAACAAGAAAAGGACCUUUUUACAACCACCCUACCCCCUUCAUGUAAUAUAUAUAUAUAUAUAUAUAUAUAUAUAUAUAUAUAUAUAUAUAUUAAAAGACAAAACCCAACAGCAUUGAUAUAAUUGUUUCAGCCUUAAUUUUGUAUGGAUAUUUAAAACUUCAAUCAGAUUUUUUUUUGUUUUUUUGUCGCUCCAAAAAUAAAUUAUCGGUCAGAUUAUUAUUAUUUUUAUUGCAUUGUUUUAAGAUAUGUUGUGGUUCUCAGGCUCCUCACUUAUAUAAAUAAAUGUUUAAUAAACCUGUUGAUUUAA